CUCCUUGCUCGCCAACCCAGCGCACGGCACAACAAACCCAUUCGCACCGCGUCGCGGCGAGCGGGCGACAGCUCAGGAAGCCACAGAGAGGGAGGGAGGUGGAGGAGGAGGAAGAAAAGGGCAGGAAAGCCAAGGGAAGCGGGCGCGACCACCGCCACCCUCCCCCAUUCCUCGCCUCGCCUCCCCUCCCGCCGAGUGGAAUCCCCGUGGACUCCCGCCCCCCGCCCCCCAUCCCCCCCGCGCGUCGCCGCGGCGCGCCGGGCCGGGCCGAUCUGCUCCGCCGCCCCGCCCGCCUCCUCAGGUGUCCAACCGAGGAGGACAUAGAGCUGGGCGUAUAAUAACGAGCUAGAUUUCAAAAAGGGAGCUAUGAAGAAAGUGUUCGAUCAGACGGUCCGGGACCUAAAAAGAGAGGUGAACAAGAAGGUCCUCAAGGUGCCUGGAAUAGAACAAAAGAUCCUUGAUGCCACAAGCAACGAACCGUGGGGCCCACAUGGAUCUCUCCUGGCAGACAUUGCUCAAGCAACGCACAACCAUCACGAGUACCAGAUGAUCAUGAACAUUGUGUGGAAGAGGGUCAGUGACACUGGUAAAAAUUGGCGUCAUGUUUACAAGGGAUUGAUUGUCUUGGAUUACCUGGUGGCGCAUGGUACUGAACGAGUUAUUGAUGACAUAAGAGAACAUGCUUAUCAGAUAUCAGCACUAGCUGACUUCCAGUACAUUGAUUCUUCUGGGAGAGAUCAAGGUAGCAAUGUGCGAAGGAAAUCCCAGAGCCUUGUCAGUUUAGUUAAUGAUAAAGAAAGGAUACAGGAAGUUAGACAGAAAGCACUCGCUACCAGGGACAAGUACAGGAGUGCAUUUGCCCCCAGUGGCAGGAGCCCAGGUGGAUAUGGUGGUGGUUAUGAUAAUGACCGCUAUGAAGGGAGCUAUGGCAGUAGAUAUGACAACAGAAAUGGAAAUGGGAGGGAAAGAGACUAUGGAUACAGGGACGAUGACAGAUAUGGUGGACCUGGAGAUACACCCAAUAGGGAAGGAGAUCGUUAUUCCAGAGAUUCUAAUGAACGCUACGGCAGAGAUUAUAGAGAAGAUGAAUACAAAGGAAGUCAUAGCAACCACGAGUAUUCUGAAGGAGCAGGUCGCAGGAGCUAUGGCCGGGAAAGGGAUUCAUAUGGGGAUGAUGAAGCUUAUUCAUCUCGUGGCCGUGGCAGCAAUGCUGAUGCGCCUACUCAGGAUGAUAGGCCUAUAGAGCGAAAGCUUUCUAACCAGCAAAUUGCUUCACCACCACCGAACUAUGAAGAUGUUACAAGAGAUAGCCAGGACAAUCUUCAGGAUGACAGAAAUGGAGGAAGUGUUCCUGCUGCUGUACCAAGGGUGUCCUCUCCUUCAGUUCCUGCAACAACUGUUCCUGCAGGACAGGUGAAUGGGGUUCAGGACACUACUGUUGAAGAUGUACCUGCACCACCAACUGUUCAUGCUGAGCCUAAUGGAUUUGAUGAGUUUGAUCCACGUGGAUCUGUGCCAGAUUCUUCCCCUCCUGUAAACCCUGCACCAGUAGCGGAUAGCUUGGAGAUGGAUUUGUUUGGAUCAGAUCCUAUUAGUUCAUUGGCUUUGGUGUCUGUGCCUCAACCAACGACCACAUCAAAUGUUGAAGCACCGGCAAAUUCAGGUUUUGAGACAAAUAGUUUCGUGGGCAUGCCUCCUGCUUCCACUGGAUUUGGCGAGAUUGAUGCCUCAAAUCCUUUUGGGGAUCCUACACCUUUCAAGGCAGUUCUUGAUGAAAGUCCAGCACUACCUCAGACACAUGCUGCACCAGCUGGUUCUUUCCAGUCCAGUGGACCUGGUGCGGAUGUGAACCCUUUCCAGCCCGCUUCAGCCGCAAGCUUUGGUUUUGGAGACACUCUUGGUGAUCUCACUUUUGCAUCAAACGCUGCACCUGAGCAGCAAGAUAUUUUUGCAAACACAGCCUCCUUCCCUUCAGAGUUAGCACCAGCAAACCCGUCUGUGGUUCUGCAGCAGCCAGUUCCUACAAAUUUCCCCUCUCAGCCACCUCAGCCAGUUGCUGGCCCAUUGCAUGCUGCUCCCACAGCAUUUGCUCCUUCUCAGGCCGCUCCCACAUCAUUCGCUCCUUCUCAGGCUGCUCCCACAUCAUUUGCUCCUCCUCAGGCACCUCAGGCUGCCCCUGUGUUUGCUUAUUCACAAGCGCCGCCUCAUCCUGGUGCUGCCAACCAUUCUCAAUUUCCCCAGACUGCUGCCCCGUCUUUUCCUCCUUCGCAGGUGCCUCAAUCUGUAGCACCCAGUCUGCCAUCAGGCCAAUCAGAUUUCUUUAUGCAACCAGCAUCAGGGUCUGGUAUUGACAGCUUGUCUGGGGUUCCUACACAGAAUGGGGCACCGUCCUACAUUCCUUCACAGACCUCUCAGUUCACUGCUCCGGCAAAUCAACAACCAUCUCAGCCAAGCUUCCUCCCACAAACUAGCACGCCAGCACUCCAGCCUGCCUUGAUCUCUCGUGGGGCAUCCCAGCCCCUUAGUGUGCCAAAUUCAGUGCCUACUGGUGGCAGCUUCCCAUUGCAGUCAAGUUCAUCAGCUCCCUCAGAAACUAUCAUUUCUGCUUUGCAAGUUAAUCAGACUGAGCCAGUGAAGAAGUUUGAGCCCAAAUCUAAACUGUGGUCUGACACUUUGAGCCGAGGUCUUGUCAAUCUGGACAUUUCUGGACCAAAAGCGAAUCCUCAUGCUGAUAUUGGAGUUGACUUUGAUUCAAUUAAUCGCAAGGAGAAAAGGCAGGAAAAGAAAAUCAACCAAGCACCUGUUGUGUCUACAGUCACCAUGGGCAAAGCCAUGGGAGCUGGUUCCGGCAUUGGUCGGGCUGGUGCAGGUGCAAUGGCACCUCCUCCCAACCCAAUGGGUGCUGGCAGGGGCAUGGGUAUGGGUCCUGGUGCUGGUGCCGGUGCUGGUUAUGGUGGUGGAAUGGGAAUGAACCGGCCAAUGGGCAUGGGGAUGGGAAUGGGAAUGGGAAUGAAUCAACAACAGAUGCGGAUGGGGAUGAACCAACAGCCGAUGGGAAUGGGGAUGGGGAUGGGGAUGGGGAUGAACCAGCAACCGAUGGGAAUGGGGAUGGGGAUGAACCAACAACAGAUGGGAGGAAUGAAUAUGGGGAUGGGGAUGAACCAGGGGAUGCCGAUGCGUCCUAUGGGGAUGGGUCCUGGUGGAAUGCCCGGUGCUGGCUACAAUCAGAUGGGUGCAGCAUACGGUGGUCAGCAGCCAUAUGGAGGAUACAGGUGAGGAGGGGCUAUGCAGUCUCCCACACCACAGAUUAUGGGGGCGAGGUGUUGAGAAACAGUUUAGGAGGCAUCUGUAUUUUGCUCACCUGGUUUUGCUUUGUGUAUGAUUUCUUGUUUCUUUUGGGGGCGGGUGAGAAGGGUAUAAUUUUCGUCACUAUUCUUUUACAGUCCAUGUUGGAUACUGUACCUACUAAAUAGCAAAUAGCAAACAUGUGAACAAGGGCGGUGCUACAACUACUGUGUUGUGUUGGAUGCAAAGCCUUGAUAUAUUACAGAGCUCCCAUGUAGUUGUAUACUUUGCUAUAGGCUGCUUCUUUUUAGUAAACAUAUUAUUUGUUUCAGCAUUCUUGCUGGAUGGAUAAUAAAUGGCUGUACCAUUUGAUUGAA